GUUUAAUGAGUGCUGAAGAUAGCUACGAUAAGUAUUACCACGAAGAAGACAAAUACGACCAAGAAAACCCCGACCACUACGAUCCUUACCAAGAACAAGACUACGGCAUCAACGACAACUACGAUGACGAAUACAGCCACGACUACGAAGACAGGAACGAAGAGUACAAGACCAACGCCAUGAACAUUAACCAUGAUGAAGAAGAAACUUCAGGGAUUUAUGAAGAUGAAGGUGAGAAUAUAGAGGAAGAAGAGUACCAUGAAGAAGAGAGGAUGGAGGAUAGGGAAGAGAGUUUGCAGCAGACUGAUAAGAAAAUUUUGGAUAGCGAGGUUGGAGAGCCUAGUCUGGAGAAAACUGUCAGUUCCCAAUCGGUUGAGUCACAAGAGAGUAUUGAUAUGGUCUUCCCACAUCUUAAUAAGAAAAUUGAUAAAAAGAAGGAUCAUAAUCCGUAUAAAGUGACUGAUCCGAUUGUUACAGGAAACCAUAUUAGUUACUGAGUCUCUGGGUUUGAUAAUGAUGGAAAGUUCUCUGGUAGCAGAAGAUACAACGACUUCUUUAUGCUAAGGGAAGCACUUACAACAAGAUGGCCAGGGAUAUACUUUCCACCAAUUCCUCCAAAGAAGCAUGUUGGAAAUAAAACAUCCAAAUUUGUCGAGGAUAGAAGAUAUUUCUUAGAAAGAUUUCUGAGGAAAAUUGCUAACCAUGAUUUCAUCCUCAUCAGUGAGGAAUUCAAAAUAUUUAGCAGACUUAAUGGAGAUAUGAAGAAAUCAAUCAGCAAUCUUCCAAGAGUUACUCCAAUGCUGAUUUUAGAGAGACUGAAGAAUAACUUUAACGUCAGUGAAGAUAAUCCAGAUAUGAAGUUGACAGAAUCCAAAGUUGAAAUCUCUAAAUUCAAUGCAUAUUUCAACAAAGUUGUUCCAGUUUUGGAAGUCCUUAAAAGUCAAGUUAAAGCUCUAGCUCCAGUAACACAACAGCAGAAGGAUGUAUACCUAGAAUUCUUAAGAAUGCUGGAGGAUUACGAAUAUAAUGACCUUGCAUUUAUACAAAAAUUACCUUUACAGAAGUCAAUUGUCAACUCAAAAUCAUGCAAUACUAUCAAAAAGAAGAUUAAGCAAUCUCUUAGCGAUGGGACGAAUCCUUUCCACGACCUCUACUUAUGGUGCAAGGGAGAAAUUUAUGACCUGUAUGCCAUGCAGGAAUGAAUCCAGUCCUACAAUACUGUUGGAGAAGAGAUGUACAAAGCCCAAUGAAAAAUCCAACAGUAUGAAGAAGAUAUCGCCAAGAUCAACUCAGGAAAGAAAUCUAUCAAGAACUUAUUCAAGUCUUCCUCAAGCAAACAGGUUGAUAUUCAAAAUUUGAAAUAACGCUAUUGAGACAACAGAAACCAUCGUUUUGAAUUACAAAAAGAUUAUAAAUAUUCUGACAGUUUAUUUAUCAGAGAUAGCACUUCCUCAAUUCAAAGAGGAUAAGAUCAGGACUUAUUGCAAGGUUUUCUCUGAGUUCAGCAUGAGUGAGAUACAAGAUUCUCACUUAAACGUCACUUUUUGGACCAAUGUACAGAACUGAGUCACUCAGUUUGGAUUUUAGUGCUUAGAAGGUGAGGAGAAUAAGGAGAUCAACUGAAUCAGAGUA